UGAGCGGCCUUGGUAACAGAAAUCGAACAUAACGUUUUAAGGUUCUAUCCCAUCCCGGUACUGUGCGUGAAGUCCCUGUAUUGUUUGUUUUAUCACGGACAUGGCAGCAUUACAAAUCAAGGAUGGGGAGUACACGGCUGGUGUAUACAGGCUGAUAAAAGAAGGAAGAUAUGGAGAUGCUGUACAAAUCCUUACUGAAUUACAGAAACCACACAGGUCAAGGGCUAGCCUGUCUCUACUGGGAUACUGUUAUUACCAGAUGCAAGAUUUUGUCAAUGCUGCAGACUCCUAUGAUCAGCUUAUCCAGAUCAACCCUGAAGUUGAUGAAUAUAAACUGUAUUAUGCCCAAUCCCUGUACAAGGCUGGUUUGUAUCCAGAGGCCAUGAAAGCAACGUUCCUCUUGGAUAAUCCUUCAUACCAAAGCAAGAUUUUAAAGUUACGAGCCUCCAUAAGAUAUGGAGAAGAGGAUCUCUCUGGAGCUAAGAGUUUAGUUGAACAGAUGUCUUCUGAUGACUCAGACAGUGAGAUUAGCAUGGGCUGUUUGCUUUAUAAAGAAGGACAAUUUGAAGAAGCCUGCAAAAAAUUCAUGACUGCCAUGCAAGUGGUGGGCUAUACACAAGAUUUGUAUUACAACAUUGCCUUGUGUUACUAUAGCAUGAAACAAUAUGCCGCCGCAUUGAAAUAUAUUGCUGAAAUAAUUGAAAGAGGAAUCCGUGAACAUCCAGAGCUCAGUGUCGGAAUGACAACGGAAGGCAUAGAUGUUCGUAGUGUUGGGAACACUCAUGUUCUUCAUGAGACAAAACUUAUUGAAGCAUUUAACCUAAAAGCUGCAAUUGAAUACCAGUUAAAAAAUUUUGAAGCAGCACAAGAAGCUCUGACAGAUAUGCCACCAAGAUCUGAAGAGGAGCUAGAUCCCGUAACGCUUCAUAAUCAAGCUUUGAUGAAUAUGGACGCCAGGCCAACUGAAGGGUUUGAGAAACUGCAGUUCUUGUUGCAACAAAAUCCGUUCCCACAUGAGACAUUUGGAAAUCUUUUACUUCUGUACUGCAAAUAUGGGUACUUUGAUCUUGCUGCAGAUGUUCUAGCUGAGAAUGCUCACUUGACCUACAAAUACCUUACCCCUUACUUGUAUGAAUUUCUGGAUGCCAUGAUAACGUGCCAGACAGCUCCUGAUGAGGCUUUCCUAAAGCUAGAUAAACUAGCUGGAAUGUUGACCGAACAACUGAGAAAAUUAACAAAACAGGUACAAGAAGCCAAACAUAAUCGUGACGAUGAAGCUGCUAAGAAAGCUGUAGGUGAAUACGAUGAAGCCUUGGAAAAGUACAUACCUGUUUUAAUGGCCCAGGCUAAAAUUUAUUGGAACAUGGAGAACUACCAGAUGGUGGAAAAAAUCUUCCGUAAAUCAGUGGAGUUUUGUAAUGAACAUGAUGUUUGGAAACUGAACGUAGCCCAUGUGCUGUUCAUGCAGGAAAACAAGUACAAAGAGGCCAUAGGUUUUUAUGAGCCUAUUGUUAAAAAACACUACGAUAAUAUCUUGAAUGUCAGCGCCAUUGUCCUUGCUAAUCUGUGUGUGUCUUACAUCAUGACCAGUCAAAAUGAAGAGGCAGAAGAACUUAUGAGGAAGAUUGAGAAAGAGGAGGAACAGCUUGCGUAUAAUGACCCUGAUAAAAAAAUCUACCACCUCUGUAUCGUUAAUUUAGUCAUUGGAACUCUUUAUUGUGCCAAAGGGAACUAUGAGUUUGGCAUUUCACGCAUCAUCAAAAGCCUGGAGCCAUAUAAUAAAAAGCUUGGGACAGACACAUGGUACUAUGCAAAGCGGUGCUUCCUCUCUCUCCUGGAGAACAUGUCAAAACACAUGAUCAUGCUGAGAGACAGUGUCAUCCAGGAAUGCAUUCAGUUUUUGGAACAAUGUGAAAUUUAUGGGAAAAAUAUACCGGCGGUAAUCGAACAACCUUUGGAAGAAGAGAGGAUGCACACUGGGAAAAAUACAGUUACUUAUGAAGCCAGACAACUGAAAGCAUUAAUUUACGAAAUAACUUCUUGGAAUAUGUAAAAUAUUUAAAUUGUUGCUGGUACUUAUAUGUUCUUUAUUUCUUAGUGUAUUAAGAAGAAAUUAGAUUUAUAUUUGUAUAGUUAUUUUGUUUCAUUGAUGACAUUUUGAUGUGUUUAAUAAAAUUAUUUAUUUUAAUAAAA